AUGAGGCUGGAGGAUGAGAAGGAGGAUGAGAUUGGAUACCUCAGGUUCCUCGACGAGGCGGGGGCAAGGGCCACCUCAGGUCUGGACAACUUAUGGCUAGUGGGGGGUUUAUCUCAAUAG